GGUGAUAUGGGCUUUCAAAGAGGUAGCACACAGCCUAUGAAACGGCAGGAGUCUGUGAGUGGGGUGGAGAUUAGACAGUCUCGUCCAUAAUCCACCCAAUUGUGCAAUAGCUGCUGUGGCUUACUGAAAAACGUUUUCCCUACAGGUGCAGCAGGACGUUUGUCUGUCAGCACAAACAGCAAAAAACAAAUGUCUCUACGCUAGUUCAGCAGAGGAACUAACAUUCAUCAAAGCAAUGAGAGGAGCAAAGCAUGUUACGGAAGCUGUGCUGUGUGAUUCUACUCAUCAUCCAGAGGGAUACAGAAAGUAUACGGGUGAUUGGUGGAUGUAGGACUGUGGUACAGGGGGAGGAUGUGGACUUAUCCUGCAGACUGAUAGAGACAACCGAGGACCUCGAACAGAUAACAUGGCAGAAAAGUACUUUGGAAGAAACACAGAACCAUAAUUUUCUGCUGAUUAAUCCCAAUGGGGUUACGAACUUUAUUGCACCAAAUGGAUUGAAAGGUAGAGUCCAGUUUAUUGGGAACCCAUCAGAAAACCUUGGAUCUAUUCGAAUAACAGCUGUCAGACUGUUGGAUGAAGGCACCUUCACAUGUAUCUUCACUAUUUUCCCCAGUGGAGCAUACAAUAUAGAGAUUCCUCUGACUGUGCUUGUUCCUCCAGUGGUGAGGGUGACAGUUGAUGUUCCUCCUGUCAUUGGGGAGAAUGAGGUUGUCUUGGCAACCUGUGUGGCUGCUGGUGCCAAGCCACAGGCAGAAGUGAAGUGGAUUUCAGGUACAUUCGGCAGUUUGUUGAGGACAAUGACAAACUCCACCCAGCACGCCAAUGGAACUACCACAGUACUCAGCCACCUGCUCGGGGUGCCAACCAGAGCAGCCAAUCAGCAGCAGGUCCAGUGUGUGGUCAACCAGUCUGCCCUGGCAACAGAAAGGAGCUACAACUACACCAUAAACAUCCACUAUCCACCUCAGUCAGUGAACAUCACCCUUAGUGAGGCCUCUAAAGCCACAGUCUUCCUAUGUGUAGCAGAUGGCAACCCACAACCCAACUACACCUGGAGCAGAGUGGUCCAGCCAUGGCCUGUGUCUUCAGUGAGAGCAGAGGGAGACAUACUGCACCUCCUCAGUCUCAGCUCUGAGCUGAAUGGUCUCUAUGUCUGUGAGGCCUCCAACCCCUACGGACGAGCAACUGGCUCCCUCUAUGUACACACAUCCUCUGAGACCUCUGCUGCCUGUUGGGUUCUACUCAUUGUCAUUCUAUGUCUGAUUGUUACUGCGGCUGCACUCGUAUGGUACUGGAGGAAAUACGGACAGUGUCCUUGGAAUUCAAUCAUGGCCAAUCACCAGUUCCAGGCACCCCCACAGGAUGAGGAAGAUGAACCUGGGACGUCUGGGUUCUAACACUCCAAACCAGGAAGGCAGAUAAGGACGAAGUAUCAUGAUGAAGACCCAUUGAGGCCAGAAAAGGGAGACCUGGCCAAGAAGGAUUAGCAGUAAAUACAAAAAAAACACAUUGAAUUCAACAGUACAGUGCAUAUACAGCAACAACAUGACUCCCUGACAUGACUCUGUUCCCCGGAGAUGGGGGGGGUUUCCCUUUGGGAUGUGUAACCAGUGACAGAGGGGUGAUACAGAGAGAUUGAUGAAAAACCAAACAUAAAACAGUAAAAAUAACUAACAAGAGAAAGAGAUAUCAGAGAACAGACAUUGAAGCUCUCUUCUUUUCCUCAAAGAAGUCACUGUUUACCAGCCUCCGCCCUCUACACCAGAUUCAGAACUGAAUGCUAGUAACUAUGCCUCCGGCCAGGUUCCCAACUUGAGAAUUAUGCUGUUACUCUGAGAACUGAACCCAUGUAAUCUAAUAUGGACUAGUGGCUGUGAUGGAAAGUCCCGUGACGUCAUCCCUUUGGUAACGGCAGAGAUCAGUAGAGCAUGGGAAUGCCUCUAACUCAUUCACAUGGCUUUAUGGCUGUGAAGCGUUCAGCUGUGUCCCUCUGCUCACUACUUUCUUAGUACACAAAGGAGAGAGAAGGCAAGAGCAGUUGUACUGCUGUGAAUACUGUAAAUAAUGGUAACAGUUUAUGUUUUAUUGAAUGGUGAUCUAUUUACCAAGUGCAGGAAAUGUAGUUGUCCUUUACUCAUGCUGUUAUUGAUAAUAGACAUGUUACUAUGUAGAUCUAGUUACUUACACCCAGCUACCAGGCCUUCUUAUUGCUUUAUGUCUAUUUCAUGGCCUGGACACACAUCAACUGGGUGGAUACAUUAUUUGAAUAGUCUUCUGAAUAGAAAAAUAAAGCAGGGACACUGCUAUCUAGAAACAACUGAGAUAUAUUGCAUUUGAUCCAUAAAUAAAAUCCCAUGGGCUUGUUGUUUUUCAGUAAACAAGCCUUAGCUUUCCAUCUUCCCUGGAAAUCCUAGCCCACAACAGGCUCGACAGCCAUUAACCCUGAGCACCACAUUCUGCCUAUAUAGUACAGAGGUGUAUCUGUUGCUCAUGCUCUGGUACAAAUGACGUCCAUAUAUUUCCAUCAACUCAGCACUGUUGUUAUCAGGUGGUCAAUGCCUGAAAUAGAAGUGCUGUGCAUUCUCUCACCCACACCUCCACCCCUCAGUCGCCCUCUCUGUUCUCCUCCUGUUUACUCUGCCUCCUUUUCUCUCAGUGUUGUGGGUCCAUGUUGACAGUGUUGUUCAGCAUCCGUUGCUAGACAGUUUUCAUCAAUCAACUCCUCUGUGCAUUCCUGC